AUGGGUUGCGGAAGCGGAGUAUGGGCUGCAGAAGCGGAGUAUGGGCUGCGGAAGCGGAGUAUGGGCUGCGGAAGCGGAGUAUGGGCUGCGGAAGCGGAGUAUGGGCUGCGGAAGCGGAGUAUGGGCUGCGGAAGCGGAGUAUGGGCUGCGGAAGCGGAGUAUGGGCUGCGGAAGCGGAGUAUGGGCUGCGGAAGCGGAGUAUGGGCUGCGGAAGCGGAGUAUGGGCUGCGGAAGCGGAGUAUGGGCUGCGGAAGCGGAGUAUGGGCUGCGGAAGCGGAGUAUGGGCUGCGGAAGCGGAGUAUGGGCUGCGGAAGCGGAGUAUGGGCUGCGGAAGCGGAGUAUGGGCUGCGGAAGCGGAGUAUGGGCUGCGGAAGCGGAGUAUGGGCUGCGGAAGCGGAGUAUGGGCUGCGGAAGCGGAGUAUGGGCUGCGGAAGCGGAGUAUGGAUUGCGGAAGCGGAGUAUUGGCAGCGUAGCAGUCUACAGGGUAGCAGCGAAGCAGUCUAUAGGGUAGCAUCACCGUUGGGGUUGCACUUGCACCACAAGUCAGCACCGCACCGGGGUGGGUGCGGGGGGCUUGAGUCACUCUAA